AGCUCCACUGAGAUUCAGAAAAGGAGUCACUUUUUCUCUACAAACUAGAACGCUUGAAGAACUUUUGAAAGGCAGUAGACCACCUCUGCUCUUACAGUGAAGCUGAAAACUGGCAUCAUUGCUUAGCUAUGGCAUCAACACGAGACUCAGACCAGGAGCAGGUGGUACCGGAGGAAGAGCACACUGCAGAUGUGCGAUCUGUGCAGGCCAGAUACCUCCGCAGCCCCUCUCCUAGCCGGUUUUCAGUUAUGUCUGACACUGAUACAGAGAGCAUCUUUAUGGAGCCAAUUCACCUUUCCUCUGCAGUGGCAGCCAAGCAGAUCAUAAAUGAAGAGUUGAAACACAAGGAGAUGAAAGUGGAAGCGAUGCCGGAGCAGAUGAUGGAAUCUGCAGAGCAGCUGCUGGUGGAGGACCUGUACAAUCGGGUGAAGGACAUGAUGGACGACAACAGCAAGUUUAACACCCCGUGCGUCCUGGAUAUCCAGAGGGAGCUGACACGGGACAAACUGGAGGCCCCCAAGAACCCUGUAGAUGAGGUGUGGCCCAAUGUUUUCAUAGCUGAAAAGAGUGUUGCUGUGAAUAAAGCCCGUCUGAAGAGGUUAGGAAUAACCCAUAUCCUGAAUGCGGCCCAUGGCACUGGAGUUUACACAGGACCAGACUUCUACACUGGCAUCGAUAUACAGUACCAAGGCAUUGAGGUUGAUGACUUCCCAGACAUGGACAUAUCCAAGCAUUUUCGCCCAGCUGCAGAGUUCUUGGAUGAAACUCUUUUGACAUGCAGAGGCAAAAUCCUUGUGGUCUCUAUGAUGGGAGUGAGUCGAUCGGCUGUCCUAGUAGCGGCUUACCUGAUGAUCUUCCAUCACAUGACUAUCAUGGAGGCGCUGAUGACGAUCAGGAAGAAACGCCCUAUCAACCCGAACGAGGGCUUCCUGAAGCAACUUCGGGAGCUGAACGAGACCCUCCUGGAGGAACGGGCAGGUGAUGACGACAGCGACACUCUCAGCCAGAGCUCAGUCAUUGAGGCUAAAACCCAUUCAAUCAUGGCAGAGGAUGAAGAUUCAAGGAGCGUGAUGGGAGCUAAAGUCCACUCGAUCAUGGUGGAGGAAGAAGACAACAUGAGUACCAUGAGCAGCGUCAUGAGCUCAGUCGCCAAGGCCAGCAUGGCUUCCAAAAGACCCACCCUCAUUGACGAGGAUGAGGAGGAUGAGCUGUAUGCAGAAUGGCGAAAAAAGCAAGGCCUGCCCCCCAGGGAGCCACAAAGGCAUGGCAAUGAAGGCAAGCUAUCUAAGCUUCCUGAACAAGAAGAGGAGGAGGAUGUGGAGCAGAUGAUAAGGGAAUGGCAGAGCAGAAAUGAAAGAUACCAGCCUGAGGACUGGUGGCAGUCUCAGCUCAUGAGUGAAGAUGAACAAUCCCUCCUUGGAGGAAAGGUGUUUUCCACCAGCUACCGGGGUGACGUGGAAAGUGUGAACAGCCUUGACAUCCACACCCUAAAGGAACGUUUGACAGCCAGAGGCAUAGGCAGGGUCCGCAGUGAUUCCAUCUCCACUGAAGACAGCUCAGCAGACUUGUGGACGAAGAGGCUGAGGGAGAUCGAGGAUCAAGCUGCAGCAUGGUAUGGUAGGGAUGGCCAAAAGGGCAGGGAUUCCUCUGAAAAUGGGAAAAAGGAAAAAGACAUUGAUGAGGAAAGCCUCUUAUCACAAACAAGCUCGUUGUAUAACUUCUGUAAGAACAACAAAGAUAAGCUCACCGCCCUGGAAAGGUGGAAGAUCAAAAGGAUUGAGUUUGGAUGGAAUAAAAAAGAUGCAGAGUCUGCAGUAGGCAAAAAGACAGAUUGCACUGGAGAACAAACAGAAGGAGAAGAAAACCCACCAGUGGGAGAAGUCAAUCUGUCUGCCUACCAGAAUUGGAAGCUUAAACACCAGAAGAAACUGGGCACCGAAAACAAAGAUGAAAUUGUGGAGCUUGGUAAGGGUGAAGACACUGCUUCAGUCAAGAGGAAGCAAAGACGGGAAGAGAUCUUAGAACGUUCCAGAAAGACCCUGGAGGAGAGCCAGUCCAUGUGUGGAUGGGAGACAGAGAGUUCAUUGAGCGGGAGCAUCCCACUCUCUGCACUCUGGCCCAACAUGCCAGCCAAGAGUAUAAACGAUGACACUGCUUCAAUGUUAAGUAUGCAAAGUAACAGAUCGUCUGUUUCAAGAAGUACUCAAGGUCUGCCCCAAGCACAUAUGAUUCCUUUGCCAAAUAUUCAGGUAGGCAGUGAUGACACAAUUUCCUUAGCAAGCAUUCAGAAUUGGAUUGCCAAUGUAGUUACUGAGACCAUAGUACAAAAGCAGAAUGAGUUGUUGAUGCAAGGUAGCGUGCCUCCAUCACAAAGUCCAUCAGUUAUGAAUAUGGGCUCAAGAACAGGCGCUAUUGGGAAAAACAUAGACGAUGACAAGACAUCUCUAUUGAGCAUGCAGAGUGGGACAUCUUAUGCAAGUUCUUUACUACGUCAGAAGGACAUGCGAAGCACUGACACCCAGUCGGUCAUGUCAUGUGGCAGCUUGUCUGAAGGUUUUGGCUCCAAACAGAAGAUCACACGUACCAGCAAGCCCCUCUACAGCCUGUUUGCAGAUGACAUUGACCUAAAGAAACUGGACACAAAGGAAAAAGAAAUGAAAUCUGAGAUGAGAGGAAAAAUGUUUGAGUACAAGAAAGAAAAAAUCGCUGCAGACAACAAGCGCAGUACUUUGUUCAAGAAAAAGAAGGCUAAAGAUAGCAGUGAGGAUGAGGAUGACCUCACUGAAACAUCCGGAAGAAACUCCUAUAAGAACCUUGAUAAAAUUGACACUACAUCCAGUAUUUCAGGACGAUAUUCCAGCUUGGGCACAGAUGGCUCAGACAGAAUAAACAGCAUUAACAAAUGGCUCAGCGAUGUGAAAGCUACCUCUUCUAAAUCUUCAAAUUCUACCUCAAAUGAAAGCUCUGAUACUAAGUUCACCAGAUCAUCGUAUCUCAAUGAGGAUACCACCGGAUCAUCAGACUACAAGUUCUCCAGAUGCAGAAUGGAUUCCUCUGAAAAAUCACAAAGCCCAUACAGCAGUCAUGAAGAGGGCUACCAGAGCAUGUCAAGGUUCUCUGCUUCAGCUCGCAUGACAGACACAAAGACGUACUCAUCCAGAAGGUUUACUUCUGAUGAUCCAGGCAUCUACGGAGAAACAAGUCCAGAACCUUAUAUCUACAGACAAUCAGCAUCCGAAACUGAACCGUCAUGUAACGGCUUGUCUGAGACCCUGAACAGAAGAACACAACCACUCCACUGCUCUGAUGAGGCUUUAGAAGAUCAAGACCUCUCUGAAUUUGGGCCGAAGAGAAAAUUCACCCAGAGUUUUUCACGGCCAGAAGAAAAUGAAGAAGUAAAAAAAAGCAGCAGUGAUGAGGAAGAUAUAUCAGUAACCAGAAGGUCUAGGUUAAGACCAAGACCCAAAGAAGAAGAGGAGUUAGAUGAUGAUGAUGAUGAUGAUGAUGACGCUAUCAUUGCUGCUUGGAAGAGUCGCCAGGAAUCAAGAUCAAGGGCUCAGAGAAGAAAAUAAGUUUAAGUAGUUCUCUGUUUGAGGAGAUUAGUUGUGUCCACUUUUUAAACUAAUCCUUAUAAAAACAUACCAUUGUAAUACUGUGGUUUUAAGAUUAUGGUAACUAUGGUAAUGAAUGGUGUAUACAUUAUCACAGUGUGCCUAACAAGUGGUAAUAGCGCUGCUAAAAACAGUAUAAAUUGGCUGUACUUUAAUAUAAAUAGUAAAUACAGUACCUUGACGUGGAACUUUACCAUUUCUAAAAUCAGUGGUACAUGCUAAGGUAUUCUUUACAAGAGAAAUAAUGAAAUGUAGUCUCUAUAAAGUUUGGAACACCAUCUUAAAUAAAUUAAACAUAAAUUAAAGAACUAGCAUAACUUAUUUAUUAGAAAAUGGCUGCUGCUCUAUAAUCACUGCAAUGUAUUUGAUUAAAUAAAAGCCAACUGUCUUAUCACA